AUGAGUACAGGCUCCCUCGGUGGUCGUCAUUUGAGAUGUGAAAUCUGUUCCUUCACGUUUCACCGCAGUGACCACCUCAAGCGCCAUCUACUCAUCCAUAAACCACCUAAACAAUACCGAUGCCAAUUCUGCAGCUCUACGUAUAGUCGCGGGGAUGUUCUUCGACGACACUGGGCUACGUGCGCCAGACGUCUGCAAUCAGGACAGGAGAUUCCCAAGGCGGAUUCUGGAGGUAAACAUAAGCACGCGUGCGAUGCUUGUGCCCGCCUGAAAAAGGCCUGUAAUGGGCUGCAGCCAUGUGCUGAGUGCGAGUUCCGCGGGAGACUGUGUUCUUAUGAACGUUUAACUGGAGGUCAACCGGCCCGGGACAAACGAAGGGAGUUGGCCUCUGUUUAUUCGGAACAGCAGGACUGGGAGACGAAAGGUUUCGGGAGUAUUACCUGGGGUAUCAAUCGGUGGCCCAUGUUCGUGAACCAGAAAGAGACUUUAGAGCGCGAACUCAACGACGGUAAGCAUCCUCCUGACUUUAUGGAUGCUCUUGAGGCUUCUCUUGAGGCCAUCAUCAAAAAGCCUGCUGUCAGUGCGUCCAACUCCGAUGUGUCUAUGACCAAGGAGUCCUCUGAGUCUCCUAAUGGCGGGGGACCUGGUCCCACCCACCAGCAACUGACCGCCAGUCGGCCAAUGUCAACCUCCAGUAUGGCUUGUGAGUACAGUGAUAUGUCCUUUGAGGAUGCGCACACGGGUCCAUCACGCAAGCAACCAAUGUCCCGUAAGGGAAGGACACAAUUGUCGAAGACACCUACGAUGCAACUGGACACGAAUGCCGCCACGAAGAUUCUCUCCGAGGACGAUAUACUCCUAAUCGCCACUCAGCACUGUAAAGCCAUGUCGAGUCAACCCACGUUCUCCGGAAGGUCUGGGGAGGAUGUGGACCUGUAUAUCGAUCAAUGCAGGUUCACAUGGGCAGGAGUCGACUUAGAUCCAGAAGACAGAAAACUGGCCAUAGCUACUACCCCUUAA